GGAAUGUGAAACGCUGCACGAGUCACUUCUUGGACCGAUGUUCACAGCCAGGUGCAUUUUGGGAACAUCUGCGAAGUAUUUGGCCUCUCUCCGAGCUUGGAGAAAACAGAUCAAGCCACUAAACAGUCAUACAGCUUCUGUGCACCGGACGUAGUCAACAACCUCUUCUCCAUGCAGGAUGUCAACUUUACCUCACUCCGUGGCUGCAGUGUGUCAGCUAACAGCAACCCCGAACAAAGCGGCCAACUUCUCUGCCUGUAAACAGCUGGUGAUGGAAGCCAAGGAGCGAGGGGCCAGCAUGGUCUUCCUCCCCGAGGGCUUCGACUACAUCGGGUCCAGUCGAGAGGAGACGCUGUCUCUGUCUGAGAGCUUGACAGGAGACACAAUCUCACAAUACACUCAGCUGGCCAGAAAGUUGGAAGUCUGGCUGUCUCUUGGAGGAUUUCAUGAACGAGGACAUGAUUGGGAGUCUGACAAACGGAUCUACAACAGUCACAUCAUAAUUAAUGAUAAAGGGGACAUCAUUUCAGUCUACAGGAAGUCCCAUUUGUUUGACGUGGAACUGCCAGAAAAAGGCGUAUCCCUUAAAGAAAGUGCCUUCACCAUCCCAGGACCGUCCCUUGUGUCUCCAGUCCAAACUCCCAUCGGCAAGGUUGGCCUGGGCAUCUGCUAUGAUUUGAGAUUCCCUGAGUUAUCGCUGGCUCUUCGAAGACAGGGGGCCGAGAUACUGACAUACCCAUCAGCCUUCACGGAAGCCACAGGAGCUGCUCACUGGGAGGUUUUACUCCGAGCACGGGCAAUCGAGACCCAGUGUUUUGUCCUGGCGGCGGCGCAGGUCGGCCGGCACCACGAGAAGCGAUCAUCGUAUGGCCACGCCGUGGCGGUGGACCCGUGGGGUGAGGUGCUGGGCGACUGCGGAGGAGAGAAGCCAGGCAUGGUGCUGGUGGAGAUCGAUCUGGGGAAGGUCAGCAGCACCAGGAAGAACAUGCCGGUCCAACAGCACCGCAGAGACACUGGUUUCUAUCACAGUCUGGAGAAGACUUGAUUACAAAAGAAGUGAAAAAUUCAAACUCAAUUUAGCUUUCUGUCACGCUGCAUUAUGAGCACCUUAAGUGAAAAUCAGCCCAGAACAAAUGAGUCAGUGAAUUACUCGUACUGGUCAGUAGGUGGUAAUGUUGGCUAGUAACAAAAACAGAAAGUACUGAUGUGUGUUGAUCUGUGGUACUGAAUGGUUAUGGAAAAAAUUCACCUGUAACUUUUCCUUGAUUAAAAUGAAAUACUGUUA